AUGGCAACCGAUGCUAAUCAAAAGGUUUUGCCUAUCGCCUUUGCUGUUGUGGACAAGGAGUCAGGGGCUAGUUGGGGGUGGUUUUUAGAGUGUCUCAGGACUUCGAUAGAGCGUGUUAUUGAAAACAAGGAUAUUUGCAUUAUUUCUGACCGACAUAAAGGUAUCAAAUGUGCCAUUCGAGAGUGGCCUAGAGGGCAAGGCGGAAGAGAACGGGUAUAUCAUCGAUAUUGCCUUCGACAUGUUGCUAGCAACUUCAACACACAUUUUAAUAACCCGACUCUAAAGGCAUUGGCCUUGAAAGCUGGAUAUGCGACUUGUGAUGCUAAAUUUGUGUCUAUAAUGCAAACCAUUAAGGAGGCCAAGAUUAAUUUACUGAGGGGUGUAGACCCUACUGAUCGCCGGAUUAUACGUUAUAUGCCAUACACAUAUCUAAUGAGUGAGGAUGUAGACAAAUGGACCCAGUCACAUGAUGGUGGAAGACGUUACGGGGCAAUGACAACCAAUAUCUCUGAGUGCUUUAAUGGGGUUCUUAAAGGUGCCCGCGGUUUGCCCAUUGCUGCAAUGGUUGAGUUCACUUAUUUUAAACUUGUUGCAUAUUUCCACAAUCGACAUAAACAAAUUACUUCUGAUCUCUCUCGAGGUAAGGUGUGGAGUGAUUAUGCAAUGGAGAUCUAUAACAAAAAUGAGCAGAAAAUUGCAGGACACACUCUGAGGAAUUAUAAUCAUGCAGAGGGUAUAUAUCAAGUGGUUACCCCGUAUAACGACCAUAGAGCUGGAGGGGGAAAUCACAGUCAUGAUGUGCGCAUAUUUGAUAGAACCUGUGGUUGUGGAAAGUGGCAAAACUUGAAGAUCCCUUGUUCACAUGCAAUUAAAGUUCUUAAAAGUCUGCAUCUCGAUGCGCCCAGCUAUAUUGACCCAUGUUACAGUCUGAACAAUGCCAUUCUCACAUAUUCACAUAAUUUUGUGGUGCCAAAGUCAGAGUCAUUAUGGACAGACGUUCGCGGACCACGGUGGGUGCCUGACCCACGAUUGUUGCGGGCCAAAGGUCGUCCUACGAUGUCAAGAAUAAGGAAUGAAAUGGAUGGGGUACGGCGAGAACGGGGAAGCCGGAGGGAAGAUCCGGAGUUGAGGGAGAUUCAACCGAGGCAACGAUGUAGAGUGUGUCAUCAAGAGGGGCAUAACCGUAGAUGCUGUCCCAAUUCCCAUGGGGCUUCGACAAGUGGUAGUGCUAUGAACUAG